AUGGACGAGCCAUGUCCGCAGACAGGGAAAGCCAGGAUCAAGGAGCGGUUCUCUUCAGGAACCGCGAUUGGCAGCAGCCGCCCUGCUGUCGGGGGCUUGGGACUGCAGGAGUUGUUGGGCAAGAGCCUUCUCGAAGCUGGGCCGCCCGGCUACCCAUUGCUCCCCCGGCCACGGGGACCGAGGGGCCUGGCUGAGUUAGAGCAAGUGAGCCUGGAGUUUUUCCCGAGUGCUGUUGCACAGGGCUAUCCUGUUGGCGGCUCUCACCUUCUGCAGCCCAUUGAAGAAGGAAGUAAAGCCGCUGCAGUGGACAAGUUGCUGGCUGGAGACGAGAUCGUGGGCAUCAAUGACAUUGGUCUCUCAGGGUUUAGACAGGAAGCCAUUUGCCUGGUGAAGGGGUCUCAUAAGACCCUGAAGCUGCGGAGCCAGAGGGUCUAUGCCUGUGUGCGAGCACUAGGUGGCGCCAGAACGCCUGUCCCCAGAGCUUUCCUGUCCUGCACCGUUUCAGGAGGGUGGUGGACAGGUGACCAGGGUCCUCGUUACCAACACAAAUCCAAUGCUGCAGGAGGAAUGCUGAGCUGGAGGCCUCACUCCUGGCACGCCACCAAGUUCUCCGACAGCCACCUCGACACGUCGGCAUCUCCGUUCCCCUCGGCCAGAGCCUGCCCCGCCUGGCGCAGCCGGCACCACGUGAGUUGUUCUUCCCAUGACCUGUCGGGCGCAUGGGAGCAGACGAAUCUGCAGCGCACAUCUGACCAUUUCAGCUCCCUGGGGAGCAUGGACAGCCUGGACCACGCCCCCCAGCCCCACGCCUCUGGACGCCUUUCAGCCGCCAAGUCCAGUAGCAGCAUCGACCACCUGGGCGGCCACAACAAGCGGGACUCGGCUUACGGCUCAUUUUCCACCAGCUCCGGCACACCGGACCUCACCUUGCCCAAGGUCGAUGGCUCCUCCGCAGAGAACAUCCUCUACAAAGUAGGCUUUUGGGAGGCCUCCAAGGCAGGUGGCGCCCAGCAGGGCCCAGCCCCCAGUGACCCUCAGGGCCUGGAGGAAAGGCUGGGGAAUUUCCCAGCCAGGGUAGAAGUCCCAGAGCCGGAGGACAGCCCUGAGCCCAAGCUGGCCACUUCUGGGAGGUCCAGUUUUGGGCCUGUCUGGUAUGUUCCAGAUAAGAAGAAAGCCCCUUCUUCCCCUCCCCCGCCUGUGCCCCCUCUCCGCAGCGAUAGCUUCGUGGCCACCAAAAGCCAUGAGAAGACCCAGGGCUCUCCGUCCUCAGAAGUGGCCAACGUGCAGCACUUUCCAGGCCUGACCCAGGCCCAGCCCCGGGGUGCCUGCAGGCUGCAGCCCACUGGGCAGCAGUGGAGAUCUGCACACCCCAACAGCGGGAGGAGAGUGGCUGUACCCGGACUGGGCAGCCUCCCAGUGGUCCCUGGCCAGCUCCAGGCCUCUCUGUCCAACACGGAUGUGCGUUGUCCACCAUUGUCUCCUGGGUCCCAGCAUGCACGCCAGCACAGUGAUGAGAGCCCCUUCUCUCAUGAGGGUGCUGGGCCUGCCAUGUCACUGAGGGAGCAGCCAUGUGUCGCCCUUGCUGGGGGCCGUCAGGAGCUUCCCAUUGACUGCUUGCAGGGUGACGGUCCCACUCUGGUCCGGUGGCCCAGCGCUGCCGACCAGGAAGGGGACAGCAGUGGACAUAGCCCCUACUAUUGGGUGACCUCUAGACAGGGCCUUCAGGGAGCCACACAGGCCACACAGCUCCAUGAGGAACACUGGCCUCAUGACGUGGCCCUGGGCACCCACGAUGGCGACAGGGCUGACCCAGGGAAUGGAGGUGCAGAGGGCUGCUUUGUGGGCAUCGAAGAGCCCCAAAAAGCCGGCCCUGGGAACAAGACAAUCUCAGAUGGCGUCACGUGGGCUGAUGGAGGCGGCAGCAGGAUCUCUCCUCGCAACACACCCCUGUUGCACUCGCUGGCCCAAGGAGGGUCGGGCCGGCCUGAGAACGGCCCCGAUGGUGGCCCAGAGAGGCCGCUGCUCGCCGGCCCGGCGGGCAAGCCCAUGCGGAGAAGCGACCGUUUCGCCACCACGCUGAGGAAUGAGAUCCAGAUGCGGCGGGCCCAGCUGCAGAAAAGCAAGAGCGCAGUGACGCGGGCUGGGACCAGCGACGUGGGGGAGGACGCUGGCUGCUGGGCGGCGGACCUGGGGGGCACCACGGGUGCCACCCUAGAUGGUUUCCCGGGUACCUACAGAGACCACCUGAAGGAGGCCCAAGCCCGGGUCCUGCGGGCCACGUCGUUUAAGCGCCGUGACUUGGGACCCAGCCCAGCGCACCAUGGCGUGGGGUCCCCGGAACACAGGGCCGGGGACCACAGUGCAGAUCUGGACAUUGUCCCCCACUUUCGGGAGACAGGCCUGGCCAAGCCAGCGGCGUGUGGAGGUGGUGGCUCGCACAUGCCCCGCAUCGGAGGCCGCAGGCGGUUCACAGCGGAGCAAAAACUGAAGUCGUACUCUGAGCCAGAGAAAAUGAAUGAGGAAGCCUCGGCCGAACCGCGAUGGCAGGCAGAGGGCCCUGGUGAGCGCCGAGAACGUUCUGCAUUCCGGGCCGAGGAGGGACGUCACACUCCAAGACAGGCAGAUGCCCACUGUCGAGAAGACUGACCAGGAGCACAGUGGGACCCAUGGAACCUGUCCCAGGUCUCUGAGCUGCCUCAGGCCCAGCAAGCUCCAGAGGUGCCCCUGGAGGGCCAGGGCCGAGCGGGGACCUUACCUCGUGAUUACAGAUACUCUGAGGACAAGGCGCCUGCUGAGCUGCGGAGGCUGCCCAGCCUGGGACCACAGGCACCGAGCACCCCUUUGGCCCUGAACACCCGGGGGCAGGACCCACGGCCCGUGAGCCCCACGCUGCUCAGCAAGAGGCCGCCGCCUCCUACGCAGGAGCCAGGGCAGUGCUGGGGCCCGGGCUGGCCCUGUA